CUCGUUCCCCUUCUCUUACCCCUUAUUGGUGGUUUGGUGGCUCCACGGAGCAUCGUGAGAGAUUGAGAGAUUUGGCUUCAAUGGCGGUUGCAAUCUGCUAAUUUGAUCGAUUCAUCCCAUAUACGAUUCUAAUAUCUUUCUGGUUUUCACGAAAUCUUCCCUCUUUUCGUUUUUCUUUUUGUUGUUUACGUAUUUUGAUCGCAGGUGAAAUCAGUAGUGAAUUAGAAGCUUAAUGGGGAAGAGUGGUUCGUCCUCCAAGAAAAAAUACUCGAAGAAAAAAAGUCUGAAGGUCUCCUCCGAGGCUCGUAGAAAAAAGAGAAGUAGAAGAAAUAAAUCCAAGAAGCUUAGUCGACAUGAUGAUUCUUACACUUCUUAUUCUGAUGAUGAUUCAACCAGUUCAUCACUAAUUUCAUCUUCCAGUUCAGAGGGCGAAUAUAAAAGUAGAAAAUCACGCUCUCGCACAAGAAAUGAAGUAAAGGGUAGCAAGAAACGAAGCAGAAGAAGAUCUUCUAGUGAAGAUAGCUCCAAUGAUUCACUCCCUGUGAAGAAGAGAAGAAGAUCCAAGAAAAAACCCGAUUCUGAUAAAAAGAACAAAAAGAAGAUCAAGAAGAAGAAGAAGUCAAGAAGAGAUGGUUAUAUUAGUGAUUCUGCAAGCUGCUCCACUUGUGGAGAUGAAGACAGUAGUAGUGAUGAAGAUACAAAUACAAUCAAGGGUAAAAACGGAAAUCGGAAGAAUAGGAAUAGACAAAUGAGAUCUUCUUCACCUUACAAAGAUGAUGAUGAUGAUAACAUUGAGAAUGUAACAAUGGAAAACAACCCGAGGCGAUUAAAAUCUGUUAUCACCAUUGCAACACAACCAGAGAAUGAAGAAGGAGAUGAUAUGAAAAGGUAUGAUGAGGUUAAAGAAGAGAUGGUGUAUGAUUAUGAUCAUGAUUAUGAUUACCCUUCUUGUAAAAGCAACGAUAGUAAUGAUGGUGAAACAAAGAAAGAAUUAGUUGAUAACAACAACAUAUCUGUGAUGAAUAAAGAAAAAGAUAAUCUUGAAUCAGGUGUUGAUGAUUUGGAGUCAAUUUUGAGACAAAAAGCUUUAGAAAACCUAAGUAGAUUCAGAGGUGGGAUUCAAACUAAAACAGUAGUAGAUCCCGUUAUUGAUAAUAAAGAAAAAAAUGUUGUUGAAAAUCCUGUGUCACAACCAGUUAUCCAGAGGAGUAGGUUUACAUGGAGGAGAGAUGAACAUGAAAAGACUGAUACUACUUACAGUGGACCAGACUCCAGUGGAUCACAACCAAAAUUACAGAGUACAGAUUUAUCUUCUACUGAAAGGGUAGAAAAUAUAAUGAAUACCCAUGAAAAUGUUGAGGUCAACAAGUCAACUGAUGGAGUUGAAACACCAUCUUCUGCUUCUGGUUCUAAUGAGGCUUCACAGUUUGAGAAAAAGACAAUGUCUGUGAUGAGGGGUGGUGAAAUGGUGCAAGUAAGCUACAAGGUUUAUAUUCCCAACAGAGCUCCUGCUCUUGCUAGGAGGCAACUGAAGAGGUGAUGAAUGCAUGGAUCAAAUCCAAGGUUUAAGUUUUGUUUAAUUUGUGUUAUACAAAUUACAAAUUGUACACGUCACUUCCUUUUUUCUUUUUUCUUUUUUAAUUAUGUGUACUCAUAAUAUAAUAUCAUAAACAAUUGUGCUUGAAGCACUUUGUGUUAA